AUGAGUUUAUCAAAUGAACGACAUCGAUAUAAUUGCAUUAUAGAGAAAGAACGAUUAAUAAUUAAAUAUUUUAAAACUGAAAUGGAAAAUAUAAAAGCAGGAACUAACUAUCUUGACACUAUUACAAUAUUUUCUAAACUCCAUAGUAAAGGUCAAAUACCACCUAUUCCUUCACAUUAUCCUACUCACUCUCCUUUAAUUAGAAAUCCUAUUUUACAAAAAAUUGUAGAAGAAGAACUUCUUUUAGAAGACCCAAAUAAAUCAUUAAAACCAAUUAGAAAACCAAUUACAAUGGAAGAAUUAAAAAAAAGACAACAACUUGAACCAUUAAGUUAUUAUCAAAUAAUUAAAUUAAUUAAUACUUGUAGAGAAGUAUUUCAAUGGAUUAAAAAAUCAGAUAGAUAUAUUGUUCGAGUUGAAUAUGAAGAUUUAUUAAAUUGCGUAUUAGCUAAAACACAAAAAACAUUAUCAGUCACAUCAAAAUUUCGUAAUUCAGUAAAAAGUACUAUGAAAACGUAUUUUAAAACAAUAAAAAUAAAAGAGAAAAUGUAUUGGUUAUUAGGUCAUUCAUUUACUAAAUAUGGCGAGAUAUAUUAUUGUAAAGAAAGUGAUGAGUAA